CGGCGUCCAGCGCGCGGACGGCCUGCUGGGCGGGGGGGGCGGGGGCCGAGCGGCGCGCGGCCGAGGCGGCGAGAGACGAGGCCGAGGAGCACCCACGGCGACAGAAAAGUUGCAAGACCUAGUACAAGAAACAUCCAGAUUCACCAGUUGGUGUAUGCGCUUGUUCAGACUUAUUGAGCUGACUACUUAAGAUCUGGGCAUUUUAUGCAGGUUUUCUUGCUUAUAAAAGACAAUGACUACUGAUGAAGGUGCCAAGAACAGUGGAGAAAACCCAGCAGCAGCUGUGGCUGAACGUGGAGAGGAUAUCACCUCAAAAAAAGAUAGAGGAGUAUUAAAGAUUGUCAAAAGAGUGGGGAAUAGUGAGGAAACACCAAUGAUUGGAGACAAAGUUUAUGUCCAUUACAAAGGGAAAUUGUCAAAUGGAAAGAAGUUUGAUUCCAGUCAUGAUCGAAAUGAACCAUUUGUCUUUAGUCUUGGCAAAGGCCAGGUUAUCAAGGCAUGGGACAUUGGGGUGGCCACCAUGAAAAAAGGAGAGAUCUGCCAUUUACUGUGCAAACCAGAAUAUGCAUAUGGCUCUGCUGGCAGUCUCCCUAAAAUUCCCUCGAAUGCAACUCUCUUUUUUGAGAUUGAGCUCCUUGAUUUCAAAGGAGAAGAUUUAUUUGAAGAUGGAGGCAUUAUCCGAAGAAUCAAACAGAAAGGAGAAGGAUAUUCAAACCCAAAUGAAGGAGCAACAGUAGAAAUCCACCUGGAAGGCCGCUGUGAUGGCAGGAUGUUUGAUUGCAGAGAUGUGGUCUUCAUUGUUGGGGAAGGAGAAGACCAUGACAUUCCAAUUGGAAUUGACAAAGCCCUGGAGAAAAUGCAACGGGAAGAACAAUGUAUUUUAUAUCUUGGACCACGAUAUGGUUUUGGAGAGGCAGGGAAGCCGAAAUUUGGCAUCGAGCCUAAUGCUGAGCUUAUAUAUGAAGUGACACUGAAGAGCUUCGAAAAGGCCAAAGAAUCCUGGGAGAUGGACACCAAAGAAAAAUUGGAGCAAGCUGCCAUUGUCAAAGAGAAGGGAACUGUGUACUUCAAGGGAGGCAAGUACAUGCAGGCAGUGAUUCAAUAUGGGAAGAUCGUAUCGUGGUUAGAGAUGGAAUAUGGCUUAUCGGAAAAGGAGUCAAAAGCUUCUGAGUCAUUUCUGCUUGCCGCCUUCCUGAACCUGGCCAUGUGCUACCUGAAGCUUAGAGAAUACACCAAAGCUAUUGAGUGCUGUGACAAGGCGCUUGGACUAGACAGUGCCAACGAGAAGGGCUUGUACAGGAGGGGUGAAGCCCAGCUGCUCAUGAACGAGUUUGAGUCGGCCAAGGGCGACUUUGAGAAAGUCCUGGAAGUGAAUCCCCAGAAUAAGGCUGCACGACUGCAGAUCUCCAUGUGCCAAAAAAAGGCUAAGGAGCACAAUGAGCGAGACCGCAGGAUAUAUGCCAACAUGUUUAAGAAGUUUGCAGAACAGGAUGCAAAGGAAGAGGCCAGUAAAGCCAUGGGCAAGAAGACUUUAGAAGGGGUCACCAAUGAAAAAGAAGCAGAAAGUCAAGCAACAGAAGAAAAAGCCGGAGGCCAUGUAUGACACCACGCAAAGGAGGGAAGAGCCCUAAUGAACUCGGCCCCUUCCUCCAUGGGCUGUCACCCAACUCAGGACUCAACAGUGUUUCAUGUAAAGUUUGUUAUAGUCUGUGCGAAUCUGGAAGCAAAUGGCAAAACCAGUAGCUUCCCAGAAAACAGCCACCCUGCUGCUGCCCAGCGUGCUCCUUGAGAGGGUGGCAUGGGACCACUCCCGGUGGAACGAAGCAGAAGUGACUAUUGAUGUGGUGAGAUCGAACCACCAGCUAAGUCCAGCUCAUUUCAGUUUGUGUCAACUUUCAAUAUCUAAUUCAGGGUCCCUUGAGAUAAUCCUAACAAUUUGGGCUGUCUGUUAGGUUUUACAUCUGAUUGAACUUUUAAUAGCACUGCAGAAACCUAAAAAUAAAUGCUUAAUGAUUUUCUCCUUUCCUGCAGUUGGGUGGGAGAGAGGAGGAGGUCUUGGUUUUUAAAUGACUGAAGUGCUAGCAUUCGUAACCAACACAACCCAUAGGGAGAGGGGUCUGGAAUCCCCUCACACACUGGUUCUCCACAGUGCCAGACUCUGAAGCCAGAACCUCAGAGGCCACUUGCUUGCUGACUUUAGUCAAACUUCCUCACUAAGCCAGUCUGCUUGGGAGAGUGGGGCUCUCUGGCACCCAGCCUGGCCCUGGAGGAGGGAAUCUGUCAUUCCCAAAACAUUCUUCAGCAAUGAUAAUGAGCAGAGGGAGUUUCUAGAUUAGCUUUCCCUGCUUUCCUUGAAGUUCUGAGAUGCUGAAAUGUGAAAAGAGUAAUCAGAAUUGUGCAUUUUCCCCUCCUCUGUCUCUUGUAGGAAGUAAUGUGGAGUACCGUACUGCCUGCUAGCAUUGCUGCCAUUCAGUUUCUGAUUUUCAUUCUAAACCUUGCUAUAUUAAGAAUUUAAGACUUGUUCUUAGAAUAUCUCUGACCUGGAGUGGAUUUAUUUAUAUAUCCACUUAGGAUUCAUGCAGCUUUUUUUUUUUUUUUUGUCUUUUUAAAAUUACUGGCUCAUAAACAUGUAUACUGGUUUAUGGAACUUUAUUUACACUCCUCUAUCAUACAAAAAAUUUUUGACUUUUUACUACGAAGUAGCUUGAUUUUUAAAAACAAAAUCUGCAGAGGUGGAAAAAUAAGUAGUUGCUCUUGUACGUUAAGGGUUUUCCUCGCAGGUUUGGCACGCAGCAACUUUCUUAUGGCUUCUUUGUUCUGGUGUAAGUCGUGAAAAAGAAUUGAAAACUGCUUCCUGUGCAGGCACAUCUAGCCUAAAAGCUCCAAUCCUGGGGCAUUGAAUCAGGGCAAAUCAGAGUACGUACAUGUAGUGGAAUCUUGGUCCUUACGGGUAAGCGAGAUUGAACAUGGCCUGAGAAGCACUUGUGGGAAUGCGUUUGCAAUCAAAGGAAACAGUAGCUCCAACCUGGAACAUCUCACUUUGUAAAAUCCUAAAGAACACUGGCAGUUACUAGUUUUAACUUUUAUGGUGGUUUUAGCAAAACACUUGUUAGGUUAGGACCCACAUCAAAACCUAAAAAUAAAAUAAUUUCCAUUUAUACCAUUUUUUUCCUCCAUGGAACAAGUGGAAUUAAAUUGUGAGUUUCUUCUUUGACAACUAGAAUGCUUUUAAUUCUCACUUUUGUCUUUAUUCAUGAGAUUUCUUUUAAAAGCCCCAAUCUCGCCUAGGAAAUAUGAAAAGCAGAAGUUGAUUUUGCUUUGUUGCUUGACUGUUUAGUAUUUGUAGCUCUUUUGACUAGAGCAUGACUCCAGUGAGAUUUGAUCCUAAGGCCAGUUAGCUUUUUGCAGGUAGCAAACAAAAAAAACAGGUUCUAAAACUUAGAUUAUCCUAGCCAAUUGUCUCCCAAAUGUGUGUUAUGGGUCACCAGCGGGGAAUGGGCAAGAGUGUGCACAGAAGGGAGGACAGGGGGUAUGCAGGUAGUUCUGAGAAAAUGAGGGUGAGGUGCCCAUCACCACUCAAGAAGAAGAAACUUCAUAUGUUCUUGUAUCAAAUUCAGUAAUCUUAAUUUGUCUAGAAACCAGUGGAUGUCUUUGAACCAUCUUUCAGACUGCAUUUGGAGUGCUGAGGCAGCAUAUAUGAUGAAUUGAAAACUUGUUUUUUAAAAAAAGAAAAACAUUCAGAUGCACUUUUUUGUGUUCCUUAAAUAAACAACCAAACAUGAUUUCCCCUUAUUCUUGGGUUUUGCUUAAAUAGUCUUCAGAAAAAGUUGUUUUGGUUGGAAAACUAGGGUGGGGGCCAAGUUGAAGAACUACAACCUCAGAAAAUUGGCUGCAGACACUAUUGUCCUCCCUGCUCAGAGGCACAGCUUGAAAUCAGCAUUGGGCUAAAAGUGGUAGAAAGAUGCAUCUUUGUUCAGAUGAACCAAAUCAGAAAAACAAGAUUUUUUUUUUCUCGUCAGCCAGUGAGUAUUCCACUAUUUUAGCUAAUUGUAAGGUAGGUUCAAUUUGGGAAAUGAAGAGGUUUAAUUAUGUGCUAAUUUGCAUAAUUAGUAAAUAUGUAAAACAUAAGCAUGUGGUGGGUGAUCCUCUGGGUUAAGCAUGCCCUUUCUCUUUCUUAAGUAGCAUAUUUCAGCAGAUGCUCAUGGUUACAUACCCAGAAGGGUUAAGGAGAUGUCACAUACACUGCAAAAGAAAGGUGACUACCUGAGGUAGUGGCGAGCCUGCCUCCAGGAGGACUAGUGACUGGCAUCUGCAGACAGGUCAAUGUAGGCUCCAGACACUUUGCCAUAUAUUCCCUCUGAAUUCCAUGCUUCAUCUCCAGGUUUGAAUUCUAGUCCUACCCCUUUGCUGCUAAAUUAUUUGGCAAUGAAAUAAUUCCUUUUAUUUGCAUGUUUUUUCUAAGCAAAUAACAAUCAUACAGGGGGUAAUAAGGAUAGCCACAGAGUUUCGCGGUUGUUGAUUUGUGACCUGGGUAAUUCAGGGCAGCCUGCGUCCAUCCCACAGCAUGAGGAGUAUCAGUGAAGAGCUUUGUCCAUACUUGCUCAGCCUUUUUAGCGGCUCCCUUCUAGCAUGGUGCAUUAGAAUGUAUUCUCUGAGACCGGCAACCCUGGGAGACUCACAAUGCACAGAAUUUGAGCUGUUAAAUCCAAAACAUUUUAAAUUCAAAAUCCCAAAAUUUUGAAUUCCCUAACCUACCUGUAUAUUAUUCCCAUCAACUAGCUCCUUACAUGUUUGAAUAACAAUGACUGGCAAAAAUGUACAUUAAAGGACAUUCUUUAACAGCUU